AUGAGGACAAGCAUCGCUGCCGUCGCGGCAUUGUCCGCCGCCGCCCUGUUCGCCGCCACCCCGGCGCAAGCACAAGGCAUCGCCUCGCUCAACUUUGGCAACGGAGGUGGUAGCAGUCAACAAGCUUCGCCCGCCAGCUCCGCAGCUGCCGCCUCUUCGGUCGCUACCUCGGUCGCAUCUGCUGCCUCUUCCGUCCCUGCCACUUCCGCGCCCAGCUCUGCGCCCACAAACGCCGCCAUCUCUGGUUCCGACUCUGCAGCGACGAGCACCAUUGCCUCGGACCCUAUCUCCUCCCCUGCCUAUGCUGCCGGCACGGUCACCUACAUCCCCCCACCUCUUCCAUCCUCGACCGCAAUCAUCAACGUCUCUGCGCUCCCCUCGUCGCUGCCAGCGCUCAACGCGACCGCUUCGUCCAACUACACCUUGCCAUCCGCCACGGCCACCGGUGUCUUCCCCACCCUCCCCUCGCUCCAGGGCCAAUCGAACCCGUACCAAAUCGUUUUCGCCAACACCGCCGGUUUGCCGACGUACAACUGGAACCUCGCACUCAACUCUUCCUCCGAUCAGUCCAAGACCGCCCUGUGCGCCUCGCAGAUGCAGUUCUGCGCCAAGGCGGGGUGCAACGAUACCGAGGCCAAGCUGACCAACUUUUGCGAGACCAAGUACAUGGGUGUCGCCUGUUCGUGCAGCAAGGGCGCGAGUCGAUUGGAGCAGUACCAGUGGCCGGUGAUGCUGGCUGAUUGUCAGGGCAGGAACACCGCUUGUAGGGAUGCUUGCGUGAAGCCCGGCCAGAGCGUCGCCGAUCAGGACAAGUGUCUGGAUACUUGCGCCCAGAACUAUGGUAGUACGUGCGGUAAACCGGGACAGUACGCGGCUAAUUAUGCUGUGGGCAAGGAGGGUAGUAAGCCGAGCUAUACCAUUGUUCAAGGUGGAACGGCACAGAAUGGAGCGCUGGGCAAGAACGCUGGUUUGAUGGGUGUGGUUGCUGUUGCUGCGCUCGUUUCGGUCGUUGUAGUCGGAUUGUAA